CCGCCGCGGCGGACUGGAGCGGCGUCUGUCCGCCGCCGUCCUCCGCGUCUCCGGAGCUGGGCACGCGCACCCUGCGGCUCUGCGAGCGCCGCCGAGCGCGGGCGGCGGCCGCGGCGGGUCCGGCAGAUACACCAGCAGUCCAGUUGGGUAAAGCUGGGAUAACAAACUCGAAUCAGCAGUGGUGGCACUGCUAGCAGAGACAGCCAGGCCUCAGCACAAGUCAGCAGGAGGGACCAGGAGGGAUACCAGGAGAAGCUCUCAGCCUUGCCUCUCUCGCGGAAGUGAAGUUUCCCUGUUUAUCCUGGAGCUGCAGCCCUAAGAGCAUGCUGGGUCACAUGCCGCACGAACCUGUCAUUUUUCUAGCUUAGGCUGUCUUAUGAUGAUGCCUUUGCUAUGGCUAACGACCCCUUGGAAGGCUUCCAUGAAGUGAACCUUGCUUCGCCCACUUCUCCGGACCUGCUUGGUGUGUGUGACCCGGGAGCCCAAGAGCAGACUACCUCCCCGAGCGUCAUCUACCGACCGCACCCUUCGACGUUCUGCGCUGCGCCCAUCCAGGCCAAUGCCUUAGAUCUUUCUGAUCUUCCUACACAACCCGUGUACUCAUCCCCGAGACAUCUAAACUGUGCAGAAACAUCUAAUAUCAGCGUUCACGUUCCGGACCCAGCAUCGUCGGUAGCCUCUGCGGUGGCAGCAGGGCUCACGAAGUUCACCUCAAGGAAGGACAGCUGUAAUGCAGAGAGGGAGUUUCUGCAGGGUGCCACCAUCACUGAGGCCUCUGCUGGCAACGAUGACAUCUUUGGGUUGAGCACGGAUAGCCUGUCCCGUUUACGAAGCCCAUCUGUUCUGGAAGUUAGAGAGAAGGGCUAUGAAAGGUUAAAAGAAGAACUUGCAAAAGCUCAGAGGGAAUUGAAGUUAAAAGAUGAAGAAUGUGAGAGACUUUCGAAAGUGCGAGAUCAACUUGGGCAGGAGUUGGAAGAACUCACAGCUAGUUUAUUUGAGGAAGCUCACAAGAUGGUGAGAGAGGCGAACGUCAAGCAGGCCACUGCAGAAAAGCAGCUGAAGGAAGCUCAAGGGAAAAUCGAUGUACUUCAAGCAGAAGUGGCCGCCUUGAAGACACUCGUACUGUCCAGUUCUCCAACAUCGCCUACACAGGAGCCUCUGGUGGCUGCAAAGACUCCUUUUAAAAGGGGGCACACUCGGAACAAAAGUACAAGCAGCGCCAUGGGUGGGAGCCACCAGGACUUCAGCGUGAUCCAGCCAAUUGUAAAAGACUGCAAAGAGGCCGAUUUAUCUCUGUAUAAUGAGUUCAGAUCUUGGAAGGAUGAGCCCACGAUGGACAGAACAUGUCCUUUUUUGGACAAAAUCUAUCAGGAGGAUAUCUUCCCAUGUUUAACAUUCGCAAAAAGUGAGUUGGCUUCAGCUGUUCUGGAGGCCGUGGAGAACAACACUCUGAGCAUCGAACCAGUGGGGUUACAGCCCAUCCGCUUUGUGAAGGCUUCUGCUGUCGAGUGCGGAGGGCCAAAAAAAUGUGCUCUCACUGGCCAGAGUAAGUCCUGUAAGCACAGGAUUAAACUAGGGGACUCCAGCAGCUAUUACUAUAUUUCUCCUUCUUGUAGAUACAGGAUCACUUCUGUAUGUAACUUUUUUACAUACAUUCGAUACAUUCAGCAGGGACUUGUGAAACAGCAGGAUGUCGAUCAGAUGUUUUGGGAAGUUAUGCAGUUGAGAAAGGAGAUGUCGUUGGCAAAGCUGGGAUAUUUCAAAGAGGAACUCUGAUGCCCUAUGUGCGGGGCCGUGCGUGCUCCUCCCUGGACCACUGAAGGAUGACUGAACAUUUUUAUGGUUACUCAAUAUUUAUUUCUAAGGAGAAGGCCACAGACUUCCCUCCUCUUGCACACUACACUAAGAAGUGCUGUGGUUUCUUUGAAACUGACCAAGCUGCACUUGCUUAUCCCUCAGUGGAGCACACUAUGAAGAAUUGCAGGCGUGCUAGUGAUGGUAAUUCAGCACUGCAAAUCAAAACCACCAAAUAAAUACCAAACGGAACGUAUGUGUCUUUCUUAGCUCUGACUCAGCAUAGAGAGUUGCAGAAGACAAUAGUAGUCUUCACUUUGUUACCCCUGUGAGAGGCAAGGAAGGAGCCAGGUGGACAGGACACCUUCAUGUCUGUGUGUAUGCUGACAUCUAUAUGAAAGGUUUUAUUUCUUUCUAGUCUGUCCACUGUAAUGUAGUGGAUCCCUUUAUCAUAAUGAUUUGUUAAGUGUAAUAAAUGAACAGCGAGCAGUCUUGAGCAUCCUGACAUAGAGCGUCAGGUUAACAUUGAGCAUUAUCAUGGAACAGAAGGAGUGUUAAGAUGAAUAGACAAGAGCAUGGUCUAGAAGGAUGGGAUCUCCCAGCUCUGAGCUAAAAGCUGACACUCACGAAGAAACAACCAGCAUCAUUUGUUCAAGUAAAAGAGGUUCGUGAUGAAGAGGUAGUAUAGGAAAGCAAAGGAAAACAGUUCGCUUCAUUGACUCCAGUAAGAACACCGUGCUCAUAUUUCUGGAGAAUAGCCUUGGACUUUGAGAUACUUCCUACUUAUAUAUGCACAAUUCUGAAUCACGAUGACCUUUAUUAGUUGUAUGCGUGCAAAUGUUUGUGUGUGUGUGUGUGUGUGUGCAUCUCACUCUGGCCUGCUGCACACAGAUCUGGAAUUGGAGUUGCAGACAGUCGUGAGCUGCCGUCUCUCUAGCUCAUCUCUCUUGCUUUAAAAGUAAAUAAACAAAGUGUCCCUAUCAGUAAACCUUCACAUCUUAAGAAUAAUUUUUCUACAUUUGAUGUGUUUGUGUGAGGGUGUGCCCGUGGGUGUGUGUGUGCCCGUGUGUGUGUGUGUGUGUGUGUGUGUGUGUGUGUGUGUGUAUGUGUGGCGUCAAACGACAGCUUUUGGGAGUCUGUUCUCCUGUAUGGGUUUUUGUGAUCAAACAGACUCAGGACAUCAGGGUUGGUAGCAACAUCUUUCUGUGCUGAGCCAUCUCUCUGGUGCGGAAUCUCCACAUUCUAAUCAUUGUGUGUUAAUUGCAAUUAAAUAUAAUUUAAUUGUCUCUAGAGAUUGGGUUUUCAGUUCUUUUCCUGUCACGAUGUAGCGGUGAGUCAUCUUAUAUGUGUAUACUUCUGUGGACGUUAUUAUGGCUUUUCCUGCAUGUAUGUGCCCAGUUUUAAGGUGUUUGAACUUCCCAUUAGACAUCUGAACUAUGUAGCCCACCCACAGAAUCAGAUUGAACAUGCUCAUCCAAGGAUUCAGGUUUCCCAUCAGAACAUUUUUUGUUGACACUACUUUAGGAAGAACAAGUUCAAAAGAUGCUAAAAUCGAAAGGAGGGUGUGCUGCAUGUGUAGCUCACUCGCACAGAGCCCUGGCUUUGAUCCCUAGCGCGACAAAACAAAUGCAAGCAAGCCAGACACUCGGGGACAGUUUGCUGAUAGAGUAAAUUCGGAACAAAGAUCCAGGACGACCAGGAGCAGUGAGACCGAGCUCAUCCUGCACCAACACCUCAGCAUCAACCGUGCACACAGACCAGGAGGCAUGGGGCUUCCGUAGAGUUCUCACCAUGCUAGAGAGAACUUAGCAGUGCCAACAGUGAGAGCAACAAUAACAAGGACCGAGUAAAGACACGGUAGAACAUGGAAAUAAGAUGCUGUGAGAUGAUAAAUUCCGUGAAAAGAGUCAAAUGGGAUUCAAACGUGUAUGCACAAAGCUUGGAGCAGGGGCUGGAAAUAGAAGAAUGGAGUGUGAAGAAAAUGCUAGUGUUUAAACAAAAUACAUUUGUAUGAAAAUA